AUGGGAGUCAGGUCUAACUCCGGCUUCUACCUGAGCCGCAAGUUGGUAACUUUUAUGGUGAUCUUGCUAAGCGCGCUCCUGCUGACUGUGGCGGUGCUCGGUUCCUUUUAUGCCCGCUGCGGUCACACCUCACCGCAGCAGUGGGAGAAUCCCGGAGCCGCACGGCUAGUCCAACAGCAGCAAAUCCAGAAAGAGAAGCAUGUGGUUCAAAAUAGCGUCACUCGAGCCCCCGAAACCUGGACGGGAACCAAGCGACCCAUCUGGUCCUGGGACAACUCGCGCCCGCCCACCACCAGGUUCUGGAACCACCUGAGCCAGUCCACCUCCGGGCCCCUGGACCACUGGAGACUGUUCACCUCUGGGCCCUGGGGCCAUAUUAGCUCGUCCACCUCGGAGCCCCCAUCCACCUUGGAGCCUUGGGACGAUUUGACCCUGUCCACGUCCGAGCCCCAGGACUAUCCAACCUCAUCCACUUUGGAUUCUCGGGACAAUUUGACCCUGUCCACGUCCGAGCCCCAGGACCAUACAACGCCAUCCACCUUGGAGCCUCGGGACAAUUUGACCCUGUCCACGUCCCAGCCCCAGCUUUAUCCUAUUUCGGAGCCCUGGAACUAUCCGCGUCUGCCCUCCGACUUGGUGCCCCUGCACUACGACCUGGAACUCUGGCCUAGCCUGCGGCCGGACCGUAUCGAGAAGUCUAAGGAGUUCUUCAGCGGGAGACUGAACCUCACUGUUCGCUGCAUCUCCCCGACCUCUAGAGUGCUGCUCCACAGCCUCCGCCUAAGUUACGAGAGCGUCAAGGUGCUGGGCCCUUUGCCUGACGGCCUCAGGGAGGAUGGGGAGCAGAGGCCCGUGGGCCAGGUAGCAGUGAACAGAUUGUGGGAGGUCCAGGAGAUGGAGUACGUGGUGCUGGAGCUGAUGGAAACCUUGGAGCCCGGCCGACGCUAUGUUCUACAGUUCAACUACUCUGGCUUAGUGAACCAGGAGGACAAGGCUGGACUCUUCAUUAAUUUAUAUUACGACCAGAAAAAGUAUAGGGCUCUGAUUGCCUCCCAAAUGGAACCAACAUAUGCCAGGGCUGUUUUCCCCAGUUUUGAUGAACCAGCAAUGAAGGCAACCUUCAGUAUCACACUUGUUCACCAUCCUGUUUAUGCAGCUAUUUCUAAUAUGCCAGUCAUAGGCAAGUCUGAAAGAGAAGAUACAGAUGGAAGCAAAUGGACUGUCACCAGCUUUGAAACUACUCCCCUAAUGUCCACAUAUCUAACUGCAUUUGCUGUGUGUGAUUAUAAUUUUGUCAACAGAACUGAAAGAGGCAAGGAGGUACGAAUUUGGGCUCAGAAAGAUGCAAUUGCUAAUGGAUAUGCAGACUAUGCCUUGACUAUCGCAGGCCCUAUCUUCUCACUUCUAGAAGAUUUAUUAAAUAGCAGUUAUCCUCUUCCAAAAAUGGAGCUCAUUGGGUUUCCCAUGUUUGACCACCAAGCCAUGGAAAAUUGGGGACUUAUUAUGUUUGAUGAUUUUAUGCUGUUACAAAAAAAGAAUGACUACCCAGAGAGAAAAAACAUCAUUUUGAGCACUGUUGCCCAUGAAAUCGCACAUCAGUGGUUUGGAAACAUAGUUACCAUGAAGUGGUGGAAUGAUAUUUGGCUUAAUGAAGGAUUUGCAAGUUAUUUUGAGUUGGAGCUGUCUAAACGCCUUGAUCCUCAAAUAAUGAAAGAUCAAUUCUUUUAUGACAAUUAUAUGACCCAUGUUUUGUCAGAAGAUACUGCUCUGCAUUUACGAACUGUAUCCACAGUGGUCAAAAAUUACACACAUAUAAAUGAAAUAAAAGCACUCUUUGACAAGUAUGUUUAUUUAAAGGGAGCUUGUAUGGUCCGGAUGCUUUCAAAAUUUCUUGGUGAGAAUCUGUUUAUUAGUGGACUCCAAUCAUAUUUUAAAACAUUUGCAUUCUCAAAUACUGUGCAAGAUGAUCUGUGGAAUCAGUUUCAAAUGGUUGUAGACAACCAGAGCGAAGUUGUCUUGCCAGCAUCAAUAAAAAGCAUAAUGGACGGAUGGACUCAUCAGAGUGGAUAUCCAAUUAUAACAUUAGAUGUAUCUACUGGCAAGAUCACCCAGGAACCAUUUUAUCUUGCUGAGGAUACAAACCAAAAGACUUCUACCUACAAUAAGAUAUGGACCGUCCCCAUUCAUUGGACAAAAAAUGGAAUUGUACAACCAGUAGCCUGGAUAGAAAAUAGUAGCAAAGUGUUCCCCGAAAUGCAACUAUCAGAUUCGGAACAUGAUUGGGUGGUUUUAAAUUUGAAUGCAAGUGGUUAUUAUAGAGUUAAUUAUGAUCAACUGGGUUGGAAGAAAUUAAGUUUACUGCUUCAAAAAGACCCAAAGGCUAUUACAACUACCGACAGGUUGAAGCUAUUUGAUGAUGCCUUUAUGUUGUCUUGGAAUAAUUAUAUUGAAUUAGAAACUGCCCUUGAAUUAACCAAAUACCUUGCUAAAGAAGAUGACAUCUCAGUGUGGAGUACAGUUUUGAAAAACCUAGUAAUUAAAGAGUUUGUUUUUGAUAUGGAUAACUAUGACAUAUAUCCAUUAUUAAAGAAUUAUUUAUUGAAGAGAUUUACCUUAGUAUGGAAUAUUUAUUCAUCUAGAAUUCGUGAAAAUAUCUCAGCAAUAAACAAUGAUAAUACCAUUCUACAACCAUUGAAAAUUGCAUUUGAAAGGAUAUGUUGGUUGGGACUUGAAGACUGUCUGCAACUGUCCAAGGAAAUUUUCAAAGAGUGGAUGAAUCAUUCAGACAGUAUUAAAGAUAUUAUGUGUUUCGGUGUUGCCAUGGGAAGUGAUAAAGAAUGGGACUUCUUGUUGAGUGUCUAUGAGAAGAGUACUGAUAUAGAAGAAAGAUUUUCAUUGCUAUAUGCAAUGAGCUGCAGUAAAGAGCCAUGGAUUCUUCAUAGGUAUCUGAAAUAUGCUUUGAGCACAUCUUUGUUCACUGACGAUGAAAAAUAUGUCUUUCAAAUUGUGGGACUCAGUGAAAUUGGCCGGUUUGUAGUAAAGGACUUUUUAAUCAAGAAUUGGCAACCUGUAAAGGAACGUUUGGGCCUUGAUUUUUUCUCUACUCUAGUGAAUAUCAUAGCAAGAGGAAUAUCCACAGAUGCAGAGGUCCAAGAAUUACAGCAAUUUUUCGGUAACAUGCAGGAAGACAUAGAGAGGACUGCACUUUUUAACCAACUUGAAAGAAGAAAGAAUAAAAAUCUAGAAAAAGCCAAGAGGAUUUCUAGGAUUGCAAACUGGUUAAAGGAAAAUAUGAAUGAUUAA